AAUAAUUUCCUUUUCCUAUAAAUAGAGAACAACGCUCCCUGUCCCGUUAUCAAUUUAUCACAAUCGGUUUAUCACGCAAAAAAGAAACAGUUACAGAUAAAGGAGUAGAAAGAAAUAUGGCAACAACGGCAGCCGCUGCGGAAGGAGCUCCGAAGAUUGUGUGGAAUGAGAAGGAAACUAGAUUUGAAACGGAAGACAAAGAGGCAUACAUCGAGUAUGUGCUUAGAAACGAUGGGAAAGUGAUGGAUUUAGUCCACACAUAUGUCCCGAGUUCAAAGAGAGGCUUAGGCAUGGCUUCUCACCUUUGUCUUGCAGCUCUUACUCAUGCCAAGUCCAACUCCAUCUCUAUCAUCCCUUCCUGCUCCUACGUUUCUGACACCUUUCUUCCGCGGAAUCCGUCUUGGAAAUCUGUUGUUUACUCAGAAGAACCCAAAUCCAAUAUAUAAGUAACCAGCUUCUGCCAUACGAGGACGGGUUGCUUGUAAUUUGUAAUAAUAAAUCAGUAGUUUGUGAUAAUUUCCUGGAUGUUCACCUAUUUAUCAGCAGAAAAAUAAUCUCUGCUUGCUUCCUGUAUUUUGUUUAUCCAUCUUUAUGCAGUGCUUCUCGUAUGCCUUUUCACUCUGAUCAAAUUCGCGGCGUGUGUGCUGCAUUAGUCUGUUUUUAUUUUUGUUUUUCCUUGUUAUAAAAAUAUUCAUUAUAAAUGAAUUAGAGCUA